CCCGUUCAGGUGAGGAAGUUGAAGAAAUCGCAGGUGAGCGACGUCGAGCGAAACAAGUCGCCCAGCACAAUGCGACUUUUCCAAUAAACGCUGUCAGAAAUGACAGCGGCCCACCGUGAAUUCUCGCGUGAUAUCAGAGGAGAGGACCCCAAUCAUGGUGAACUGCGGAGUGUGCUGUGCCAACCUCAAAGACAACAAAACCCUGAUGAAGAUGGGCUUGGCGCUGGUGCUGGUGGGCCAUGUCAAUUUUCUGCUUGGAGCUCUGGUGCAUGGUGCAGUGCUCAGGCACAUCAGCGUGCACACCGAGGCCCGUAUCAUGGUGUACGCCAUCACUAACGUCAUUGCCAUCGUGUCAGGCUUGAUGGGAAUUAUUGGUGGAAUAAUUGCAAUUGUCUUGUCCAAAAACAAGAAAAGCAGGAUUUUGAAAUGGGUCCUGCUGGUGUUCAGCUUCCUAGCAGGUCUCUUGGCUGUCGCCUCCACUUUGGGCCUGCUAACUUCCAUGAUCACUGCCAUUAUUCACAAAGGACGAAGCCUGAUGACACACUGCACUCUCCUCUCACAUGUUGUUGGAUCGUCCAGUGUCACCUAUGAAUGCCCCUUUGACCCCACUCGCAUCUAUAGCACCACAAUCGUUCUGUGGGUGCCACUAAUCUUGAUGUCCGUGGUGGAAAUUGUGUUUUCCUUCCGCUGCUUCGCUGCCUGUACGUCAUUCCUGUACCUCGGUCCAUGCAGGCAGAGGCCGACAAUAGCAAAGAGGGUCCGCAUGCAGAGGGCUGUUGAAAUCUCCCAAUCGCCUCCAUCUGAGCAGCUGACCGAGGUUGAUACCGAGGCUGUGGAGCGAGAUGUGUUGCUGGACAGCGGUGCUGCAGCAGAGCAGAGCCACUGGCUCUGAGCUCACCAAACCCAAUAAGAGAGGUUGAAACUACAUGAGCCUAACAUUUUGAGUGAUACAGACAUUUGUCUUUAAUAUUUUUACUACAUAACGCUUUUUUUACUUGUUAAAACACUGCCAUUUUAUGUAAUUACCAUAUUAUUAAAAAUGUUAAUACAAGGUGGUCAG